AUGAUCCAGAACAAGACUGCUUUCACGAUGAAGAAGGAUUAUGGCAAGGGCGAGAGAGAGGCACAGUGGGCCACGGCUCAACACACGCUUCAUGGCCUCCAGACUGCAAAAACUUCAAGCUUGUUCAAUGAGAAGAAAAUUACCGGGAGCUGUCUGAGAUUGCUGAGCAGGCUAAGAGACGGGCUGAAGUUGCAAGGUACAUACAUGACCAAACGGUGUGCAUAG